AUUUCAUUUUUUCUUAAAAAGAAGAGGAAAUUUCCUUCCCAGUGCUUCAGAACUGUGCCCCUAUUCUUACCAGUGCAGGGGGCUCAGGAAUUGCCACUGUUUGUGCAGUCUAACGGAGCAGUGAGCCCAAGGACUCACAGCAGCACAGCUUUGGGAGGAGGCUCCACAACAAGAAAAGGGAGAAUGGACUUGCUGGCUGUUUUGAAAAGCCAGACACAUUGAAUAAUUGGAAUUAUUCAAUGAAAUCUCAGCAAAGGCACCUGCUGAUAGGAGGGUGCCUGAAUUGGUUGUGCAGGACACAUGAAAGUCUAUCAUGUCCCUGUGGUAAUAAUAUGGUUUUGUGGAUUCAUUUUCAGAUACAAAAAUCCUCAUAAGAAGUAGCCAAAAAAUGAACUAUUGAUACAAUGGCAACAGAAUAAUUUUUCAAAUAAACUUGUACAUUUUUAGUUUCACUGAAUGAUUCUUUGUUUGAAGGGAUGCUGACUGUAAUUCCCUCAUUAAUUCAUUAGUCCCUCAUUAUGUACAGCUCUGACAAUAACCUUUAAUUGUACAAAGAAGGAUAUUUCAGGUACUGAGGUAAAUUAAAGCAGUUUCUCUUAAGUGAACAUUUUCUUCUUGUGGGGGGGGGUUACCAGAAGAGUAACCCACACCUAUGCAGAAAAUAUGACAAUAUUUUUAUGCAUGUAUAAUGUGAGUAAAUAAAUAAAUAUUUAUGUAUGCAAUUAAAAGCAAUUAGGGUCCAUAGGCAUUUACUUCUAUGUAGCAGGCAGAGCAUUUUCAAGCCUCUGCUGUGCUUCCUUGUUUACUUAUUUAUAUUCAGAGAAAGGAAGUGGUGAGGCUGACUAGCUGAAACUUCUCAGAGAAGAGACCAUUUUGUACCAGAGGAAGCAGUGUCUCUGUGCUACGAACUCACAGCGUAAUUUCAACUGACCAGAACAGUUCCUUGACAGAAGCAGCUGGAGGCUGGGCAAGGAAUUCCUUGGAGGUGGCCACGGAGAGGGAAUCCAUGGCUGUGUCAUUGGCAGCAGGGCUGUGAACACUCCCGAGUGCUCUGGGGAGAAAACCAACCAUGGACCUGCGGAACGUCCCCCACCGCUCCGACGUGCUCACCUGGGACCCAGAUGACUUAGCAGAAUAUUUCAGGACGCUAAAGUACAAGGACUGUGAGAAAGUGGUGAGGAAGCACAGCAUAAAUGGCCAGAGGUUUUUGAACAUGUCUGAAAAUGAUAUUCAGAAAUUCCCAAAGCUCAGAGUGCCUAUUGUAAGUAAAUUAAGCCAAGAAAUCAACAAAAAUGAAGGGAGGCUCUCCUCUUUCCUUCCAAAAUGGGCCCAAACACAAAAAUCUCCAGAAAACACAGGGUACGCUCAGGAUGAUGGUGGCUGGUCUUCAUUUGAUGAUGAUGAUGAUGACUAUGAAAGCCCUGAUGAAGACCAGGAAAAGGAAGAUGAGGCUGACUAUGAAUCACCAACAGAGGAACCUGAGGAAGCGGAACAUGACAGUGAUGGCUAUGAGCCACCUCCAUCCAAUAAUGAAGAAGCACAUCACAGUGUCAUAUUUCCUGCCAAGUCACUGCCAAGCAGCACAGAUUAUAUAGACAGACCUACAACAACCAGAUCAGCACAUCAGCCUCCACAUCAGCCUCCAGUACCACCCCACCGACCUGGCCCAGCCUCAUUUGGGGGAAGAAGUGCUACUCUGCCAGCUUUCCCUCCUCCACCAAGCAACAACGACUUGAGCAGAGACAGAAACAUGAAGCCUUUGAAACCCCCAGCUCCUUCCAUAGACAGAAGCACCAAACCCUCUCUGGAUCGCCUUGCUCCCCCAUAUGAAAGAGACAGCCCAGGAUCAGGGAAGAAGCCAGGCAUUCCUGAAAAGCCUCUGGUUUCACAGCUAAGAUCCCUGGGAGAACAGUUAGCAAUGAUGCCAAAACCUCCUGUCCCACCAAGUGACAGAUAUGAAAGAGGCAACCCACCUCCUCUAAGGAAGCAAAGCCCUGGGAAGCACAGUUGGCCACCACACAAGAAAAAUGAAGAUGAAGAAGACACUGCCCUGCAAAGACCCGUGCCACAGCUGUCCUUGCCCCCAUACAGCUCCAAUGCAUUCCCACCCAAAUCUGUCAAGCCUCCACCUAAGCCAGGAUCCAACACCAUUCCUCCUGCAGAAAGUGCUAGAAACCUGUCUUCAACUGGCUCUCUACCACCACGCUUCCAUCCAGGCAGCAACAGCAGAUCUCCUUCCAGAGGCCCAGCUGACAUGAGACCUCCACUGCCAAUUCCUAGCAGACAGACUGUUCACCAGGCAAACACAGAGCAAGAUGAGCUCCAGGGCUCUCUGAAGGAUGAGUGGUACGUGGCCUUUGUCAGCCGGCCCGAGGCAGAGGCAGCGCUCCGCAGGAUCAACAAGGAUGGAACAUUCCUGGUGAGAGACAGCUCAAGGAAAACAGUGACUCACCCCUAUGUCCUGAUGGUGCUGUACAGAGACAAAGUGUACAACAUCCAGAUCCGCUACCAGGAGCAGGAGCACUUGUACUUGUUAGGAACCAGCUUGAAAGGAAAAGAGGAAUUUUCUUCUGUAGCAGAUAUCAUUGACCACUUCCAAAGGACCCCCCUUCUUCUGAUUGAUGGAAAAGACAGAGGGUCAAGAAACCAGUGCAUGUUAAAAUAUGCUGCAGGACAUAUUUAAAUGAAACUUUAGAGAAGAUCACAUAUAGUACUGAAGCCUUCUGAAGUUUAUAAACUUGAAGAUAUUUCCCUUUUCAGCAAACUAAAAUCAUGAAGUCAUUAAAAUUCACAGUUUCAAAGAAAAAGGACUAUGUUAUUUUAAAAUUAUGCCUUAAAUACAGUACUCUAUAAAUAUAAUUUUCCUACAAAGUGUCCAUUAAUCAUAAAGCACAUGAGAUUUUUUUUUUCUUCCAAGAUAUGUAUAUCUUCUUGAAAUUAUUUCCACACCAAAUUUGAUGAACCAUAAAUAAAUAUCCAUACAAGCCUCUGCUUU